AGCAGCCUGUGCAGAGGGACGAUGCGGCCACCGCCCUGCCGAGCGCCGCUCCCGCGCGCCUUGAUGCUGCUGGCCGCGCUGCUGGCCGCCGGCCGAGGGCUCCCCCUGAGGAAGCGGGGUCCCGGGGGCCACUUGAGGAUGGCGGAGGCCUCACCUGCCCCAGCUCUCAGCUCCCCCAAAGAUAAGGAGGCAACACCAGGAUUCCCCAACGACCAUCUGCAGGCAGAACCAUGUCAGCCCAGGUGCCAGACUCUCCCUGAGCCAGCAGCUCUGACUCUGGGCACAGCCACCCCUGCCAGAACCCUGGAACACACACCCUUGCUGCUGGAGCUGCAGAAGCUGCCAGGAUUGGCCAACACAGACUUGAGUGCCCCAAAUCCCAAUAUCCAGGUGACCAUCGAGGUGGUACAGGACCCCCAGGCCGAGGUGGAGAUGGACCUUCCUUCUGAGCCCAGCAGUCUCUGGCCCCUGCGAGCCUCUAGCUGGUUACCCACCCAGGAGUUCUUCUGGCCCCUCUUUUGGGGCUACCAGGAAGGUGAAGAAGAAGCCACCAGCCUCAAGGAAGUAGCUCCGGGGGAAGCAGAGGAGGAAGAGAAAGACUAUGCUGCUGAAUAUGGUGAGGAUGAGGACCAAGAGGGCACUGAGGAGGAUGAGGAUGAAGAGCCUUGGUCCAGUGGGGCCACAGACAACUGGGACUAUGGCUGGUUGGGUCCUCAGGACCGGGACUUCAAGGAACCAGACAGUUACGACUAUGAGCCUCAGGAAGAGUGGAGCACCUGGUCUCCCUGCAGUGGGAGCUGCAGCAGCGGCCACCAGCAGAGAACCCGUGCCUGCGGCUAUGCCUGCACGGCCACGGAGUCCCGAGUCUGCGACCUAGCCCCCUGUCCUGGCACCGAAGAGGAGCACACCCUGGGCUCUCCCAGUGAGGGGUGGCAGCCCCUAGCCCACAAUGCCACGGAUAUGCUUGAUCCAGAUGUGGACAGCUGUGAGAAGUGGCUGAACUGCAAGAGUGACUUCCUAGCUAAGUACCUGAGCCAAGUGCUCCAGGACCUGCCCAGUUGCCCGUGUGCGUACCCCCUGGAGGCUGUGUACAGUGCCGUGAGCCUGCAGGAUGAACUUCGGGGCCGCAGCUUCCGGUGGCGGGAUGCCAGUGGCCCACGGGAGCGCCUGGACAUCUACCAGCCCACUGCACGCUUCUGCCUGCGCUCCAUGCUGUCGGGCGAGAGCAGCACACUGGCUGCCCAGCACUGCUGCUAUGACGAAGGCAGCCGGCUGCUGACCCGCGGCAAAGGUGCGGGAGCUCCCGACCUGGUCAGCACCGACUUUUCACCUGAGCUGCACUUCAAGGUAGAUACGCUGCCAUGGAUCCUGUGUAAGGGGGACUGGAGCCGCUACCACACCGUGCGCCCCCCCAACAAUGGCCGGGCCUGCGCAGACAACCCACCAGAGGAAGAGUACCUGGCUCAGCUGCAAGAGGCCAAAGAAUACUGAAGAGGGAUCAGAGACUACUUUCUUCUGCCCUUUGCCCUGCCCCUGCCCAGCCUGGGCAAGUGUUAGGGCUCACCUGAGAGGCCAUCCGGCCUGCAUACCCACCUCUUGUGACCCUGAGUCAGGAGAGCCCAGGCAUCUCGGGGAUUGGUAAGAAGGUUGGCGGGUGUGUCAGGAUGAGGCCCCUGGGGUGUGUUGGGAAUGGACUCACCCAGUCUAGCCAUGGGCCCUUUCCCCUCUCUCCCGGAACAGGGCCCUGUGGCCUUCCCCUCCGUUCAGGAUUGAGCCAGGGCAUCCCAGAUGCACCCAAGUUCCCAAGAUCUGCUGUGAAAGAGUACAGGGAGGAGUGGGGCAAGAAAAGACAGUCCUUUCAUCCGACCCUCCAGCUGCUCUUGGCCGGGCUAGCAGAAGCGGCGUGACCACCCCUCCUUUGUCUGUGGGUGGCACAGUACCUCUUCUACCCCAUCCCAUGCUCUGAGCCUAUCAGCGGGCUUGAGAGGACAGCUGAGCAGAGGGGAGGUUGCCUCCAGGCAGGGAACCAGCUACUGCUUCUGGUCCUUCUCCUUUGUUCAGUUCUCAGACGGUAGGAAUGUGUGGGCUGCCACUGCCGUGGUAGCCAGUCAUGGGAUGAGCUCAGUAUGGGUGGGCUCAGUAGGGUAUCCUGUGCCUUUAGCGGCUGUAAACCAGAAAGAGACAGGACACACAGUCCCAGUGUUUUAUGGGGGCCGUUUUGUGGUGUUGGUGCCCACAGGGCACCGCUGAAAGCACUGGACUUGAGCUGGAGUUGGGCGUUUCUUCCCAGCCACCCCUCAUUCCCCCAAAGCACACUUCCUUGCUUUUUCUGGAGUUGAAAUGUUGAAGGCCCAAUAUUUUGUCUCCUUUCACAAAUCCUCCAAAAGGACUUGGUAGGAGACUUGAGGUCCAGCGCCCUCCAUAGCUGUCUGGAAGCUGUCCUGGGAUCCUCAGCAAUAAAGCACUUUAUU